UCACUUGGUGUGCCUAUAAAUCUAGGAUACAUUAGUAUCAGCACAUUCUCUGUUGUUACCUGAUGAUGUAUUUUCUUCACUCUUAAGGUGAAUUUCAAUGCCUAAAGUUUUUUCCAUUGAAAAUAAAUAUGCAGUAAUGCAUUUUGUGAUUCAGGCAUUUGGGGCAAAUGGUUACACUCACAUAGGGGCAGUAAUCAUACUGUUUAUUUUGGUCUAGCUAUAGAAAGUUCCUCUUAGGGGUCUGCCUCAUAACAUUAAACAGAAUGAAUACAAAUUCUGCUAUAGAUGGUCUCCUAGGCUUGAAUUCAACAUUUGUUUGGAUUUUUGGAGAAAAUAAAAUCAAACAAUGCUCCCAAAUGGUGAUUUUGUCAAUUCAUACCCUCUGGCCCUAUUUUUUUUUUCAUAGACCCUAACUCUACCCUUCUACUUUAAAGCGAAGUAAACUCGGUGGCCUCUUCUUCUCCACCGCUCAAAAUGAUAGCAAUCUCUGCCGUCAGCAGUGCGCUCCUGUUCUCCCUUCUCUGUGAAGCAAGUGCCAUCGUCUUACUCAAUUCCACUGACUCAUCUCCGCCAACCAAUAAUUUCACUGAUAUUGAAGCAGCUCUGAAAGCACAACUAGACUCUGCGGAUAUCCCUAAAGCCAGGCGGAAGCGCUACAUUUCGCAGAAUGAUAUGAUCGCCAUUCUUGAUUAUCAUAAUCAAGUUAGGGGCAAAGUAUUCCCACCUGCAGCAAACAUGGAAUAUAUGGUUUGGGAUGAAAAUCUUGCAAAAUCUGCAGAAGCUUGGGCGGCUACUUGCAUUUGGGACCAUGGACCUACUUACUUACUGAGAUUUUUGGGCCAAAAUCUAUCUGUACGAACUGGAAGAUAUCGUUCUAUUCUUCAGUUAGUCAAGCCAUGGUAUGAUGAAGUGAAAGACUAUGCUUUUCCAUAUCCUCAGGAUUGCAACCCCAGAUGUCCUAUGAGAUGUUUUGGUCCCAUGUGCACACAUUAUACACAGAUGGUUUGGGCCACUUCCAAUCGGAUAGGAUGUGCAAUUCAUACCUGCCAAAACAUGAAUGUUUGGGGAUCCGUAUGGAGACGAGCAGUAUACUUGGUAUGCAACUAUGCUCCAAAGGGCAACUGGAUUGGAGAAGCACCAUAUAAAGUAGGGGUUCCGUGUUCAUCUUGUCCUCCAAGUUAUGGGGGGUCUUGUACUGACAAUCUGUGUUUUCCAGGAGUAACGUCAAACUACCUAUACUGGUUUAAAUAAGCUUACCUUUUUUUCAAGGAAAUAUAAUAAUUUCUGAGAAUCAUAGGCAUAUAUAUAUAUUGAAGUUUGCACAUAUUAUACAUAUUUUAUAAUAAUCUUGUUUUCCUUUUAGUAUUCAUUUGUAUAAACUAGUAUUUGUCUAGUAUGUUUGCUUAAUCUUUUGCGA